AGAAAAUAAUAUAUAAAUUUGAUUAAAAGCCGAAAAAUCAUUGCAUUGAAAGGUAUAUCAGAAACAAACAAAUUAAAUGACUUAAAUAAGUCUGAAAAUGGAGAUGACGAUCCAAGCAACUCUGCAUCUGGAGAACAAAAAUUUAUCCCAUUAGCUGCAAAAGAUUCUGAAUGGGCUGACACAACAUAUCAUAAACCAAAAAGGCGAAUAAAAUUACCCGAUAAUAAUGAAGAGGAGGAUGAUGUAGAAGAAGAAGAGGAAGAAAUGUUCCUGGUGAAUCCACCUGACGAAAUUGAAACAGAAAAUUUACCUAUUUAUGCAUUAUUUCCAAGUUUACGCGUACAUUAUCCAGAAUCCUCAUCAUUUUUAAAUCGUGAAGUAUCUACAACUGAUAUUGCUAAGUCGUUAGUUGGUGAAAAACCAAAUUUUUCUGUGUUAAAAACAUCUGCUAAACUAUUGCCAUCAAAGAUUAUGUUAGAAUCCAUUCAAGAACUCCCGGUAGAUCCAUCGGAUGAUGAUGAUGAUAAUGAAACGAAUAUAGAAUAUUAUAAAGUAAUGGCUGAUUCAAUCUCGAAGGAAAUUGGUGAUGCAAGUAAGAAAGCCAUUGAAAAUCAAUGUUCAGUACACAGAAGCUCUAAAACAGAAAUUGUUCAACAUACAUUCCCAUGUACAUAUCCACCAGAGAAUCAAAUAAAAGGCUUAUGGUACGAAUCAAAUUCAGAAAAUAAUUUUAUACAUACGACAGAGCGCAUCAAGAAAAAUAUAACUAAAACUGAAAAAAAUCCAGAAAUAUAG